CCCUGUCACGUGCUGGUUCCCUCUCACAGCCCACAGCCCGCAGCCAGCAGCUUCAGGAGACUUGCGUCUGGGACCCUCACACGCGCGUGGCUUCACAACUCGUGGACUCCACACUGAAAGCAGGGUGCUGUGCGGUCUGCCCGCGAGGCCAGGAAGUGUUCCUUAAAUACAACUAAGGAAUACAGGCAACAUGUUCUACACUCAUGUGCUUAUGAGUAAACGAGGGCCACUGGCCAAAAUAUGGCUUGCAGCUCACUGGGAGAAGAAGCUCACAAAGGCCCAUGUGUUUGAGUGUAAUCUAGAGAUAACUAUUCAAAAAAUUAUUUCACCUAAGGUGAAAAUUGCACUCCGAACUUCAGGACACCUUCUUCUGGGAGUCGUUCGAAUCUACAACAGGAAGGCAAAAUACCUUUUAGCAGAUUGCAGUGAAGCGUUUCUUAAAAUGAAGAUGACAUUUCGCCCAGGACUGGUUGACCUCCCCAAAGAGAAUUUUGAAGCAGCUUACAACACUAUCACAUUACCAGAAGAAUUUCAUGAUUUUGACAUCUACAAUACAAAUGAUAUUGAUAUUUCAGAGCCCCUUGCUCAGAACCAAAGUAGACCAGAGGAAAUCACACUUAGAGAAGAAUAUAGCACUGAUCUACUUUUCCAAACGGGGAGCUUUGGGGAUGAACCUGAACUCCUCAGAAGACAUAGCUUCUUUGAUGACAACAUAUUGAUGAACUCCAGUGGUCUUGUAGUUGAGCAUAGUUCUGGAAGCCUCACUGAGGAAAAAUCUUUGUUCUUUGACAAUGGAGAUGGAUUUGGAGACGAAGGGGCUGCAGGAGAAAUGAUUGACCAUCUAUUGCAAGAUGAGAAUACCUUUUUCGAAGACACAUACUUGAACAAAGAAGUUUUUCUGCCUCCUGAGGUUCCCAGUAGUGUGAUGGUAGAACCAGGUAAUUCAGAUGACCACUAUAUACCUGAAGAUGAAAAAAUAAAUGAAAUAACAUUAAUAUCAAAUGAAGAAGAAGGAUUUACUCUUGACCCAAUUGAUGGUUUAGAUAUUGCUGAUAGAAGGAAAAGGAAGAAGAGAAGGUUGCUCAUCGAUCCCGUCAAGGAGAUAAGCAGCAAGACUAUGCAUAAGCAGCUUACUUCCUUCAUGGACACUCUCAUGGUUCUGGACCUCGCGCCCCCCACGCAGAGACUCAUGAUGUGGAAGAAGAGGGGAGGAGUGGAGACGCUUCUGUCAACUGCUACCCAGGAUUUAAUCAAUGAAGACUUGAAAAUGUUGUUCGCAAAUUGCUUCCUGUCCUCGGACUAUAAACUUGCAAAGUUGACACUGAAGGAGUCAUUAAGGAAAGAAGUGGGAAACCAGCACAUUCUAGAUCCCUCAGUGGUCGAAGAGCCAAACUCCCACAGUGAGUUAGGUCAACCCCAAGAUGGGAAGGAUGUGACUGACGAAUCUAUGGGUAGCUUUCAGGAGAACAUCAACAGGAAUAUUAACUCUAAGCAGGACAUCCUCGAAAUGAUUUCUCCAGCUGCUGAAGGCUUUUCUUUGGUGAGUGCCUCCUCGGCCCAAGAAAAUCAUCCAGCUGAAUUGGAGUCAUCAGGCAGCAAGCAAAAUACUGAGGCAGAAAAAUGGAACCAAAGAUUAUUUCAAACAUUAAAUGAGUUACGGGAAUUCAACAAGAUGGGAAUGCAGUUCUUUAGUUUGAUAAAACUAUGCAGAAACAGUGACCGGAAACAGGCAGCUGCCAAAUUUUAUACUCUUCUCAUCCUGAAGAAGCAUCGGGCAAUCGAGCUGAGCCAGAGCGCUCCCUAUGCAGAUGUUAUAGCUACAGUGGGACCAAUGUUCCAUAAGCUAUGAAAGAGUCCACAGCACGCAGGUUCACACCGUCGCUCGCACUUCUGCAUAGACUCUUCAGUUUGAUGCAGAAGCCAUCUGGAAGCAGCUGAUGGCCAUCCAUUUCAUAGACAGGCUGGCCUCCCUUUUUCUAUCUGGAGGUCAGAACCAACACAGCCAGAGUUGGAAGCCUAUGUGGAGACAGGUAUUUUUUUUUAACCUAGCUGAUUUGAAUGUCUGUCAUUUAUUAUUGCCCUGAUCUGAAUGUUGCAUUUAGGUUGUGUGUAGGAUACAUUAUAAAAUACCUCCAGGAAACAUUCAAGGCUAUUUCUAAAACACUGCUUUACGUUGGGUUACUAAAGUUUGUGGGGCUAAUGAAUGGUUGAUAUUGUCUUACUUGUAGAUAUUAGUUUAUUUGAGCUACUUUGUAUCACUGAUAGUGCCUAAUUCCCUGGGUUUUAAUCUAAUACCCAAUUAUAAAGAGCCUCUUUGAAUAUAUACAUAUAUAUUUAACUAUAAGAUGCAAAUAGCAGAAUUAUUUUAAAUAUUUUUAUUUUUAAAUUAAUAAAAAUGUUUUUUUGAUUUUUGGUAUACAGAUUAAUAUAUAUAUUAAACACACAUAUCAUAAUCUAUACAUAGUCAUAUCAUCUUUUAAGAAAUUAUUUUGGUUUAUCACCUUGUGGAAGUUCCCCUGUUCUAUAGCUAGCUUCUAUUCUCCAUGACUAUACUUUUGUCUAGUUGGGAAUGUUAUAUAAAUGGAAUUAUAUAGCAUAUAACCUUCUGAAACUGGUUUCUUUGACUCAGUUGCAUUUCUUCAUAUGCAACCAAGUUCUUUCAUAUGUCGGUAUUUUGCUCCUAUCAAAGGCUGAUAGUAUUCUGUUGCCUGAUUUUAUCCAUUAAAAGACUUUAAAUAUUUCCAAUUUUAUUAUUACAGAGAUGCAAGCAUAUGUAGUUUUAUACAUAUAAGUGUUUAUUUCUGUAAGAAUAGCAUUUCUGAGUCAUAUAUAAAUGUAUAUUUAACUUUAUAACAAAUUAUUUGCCAGAGGUUAUACCACUUUGCAUUUAAUAAAAUAUAAGAGCUUCAAUUUA